AUCUGUUCGAUUCUCGUUUUCAAUACUUACUAACCUAUCGAUUAUAUUGACAGUAUUUGAUAAAUAAUAAGUUCAUUUUAACAUAAAAAUAAAUAGUCUUACUUUUUUAAACAAUUGAAAUUAAUUGUCUGAAGAAACAAUGGAUAAUUCUAUUUUAAUAAAUGUCGACGAAAAAAUGGAACAGAAUUCUAAAAGUGUAGAAGAUAAUCUUUUUGAUGAAAUUAUUGGACACAUUGAAGAUAUUUUAAUAGAAGAUGAAUUUAAUGCUAUUCGACAAAAAUUUUUGGAUGAAUAUUGGAAUGUUUUUGAACCUAUAGAAGAAAAUAAAUUGAUUUAUACAAAUAUAUUUAAUGAAUAUAAUAAAACUGUGGAAAAUUACAUUAUUAAUUAUUUACAAAGAACUGUACCACAUUUUAAUCUAGAUACAUUUUUAAAAUAUUUAAAUAAUAAACAAAAUGAAUUGGAAGGUGAAGUUUUUGAAGUAUUAUCAACAUUCACAAAUUUUAUGGCCUUCAAAGAAAUGUUUCUUGAUUAUAGAGCUGUAAAAGAAGGAAAAGUCGAAGAUCUUAGUAGUGGAAUAUUCGUUACAUCCUUUAAACCUUCUGAUAUAAAUGACAAGGAAUCUUUUAGAUAAAAAAUUUCAUUAAUAAAA